UACAGAUUUAUGCCAUGCCUGUGUUUGAUAUGAUCGAAACAGUUCUGGUAAAGAAACUUCAUUUCCCACCAGGCUUGACUCUCCGCUUGAUUGCUAGGAGUGUCUAUGUUGCUCUUACCAUGAUUAUUGCAAUCUGCGUCCCCUUCUUUGGUGGCUUGCUUGGGUUCUUUGGAGGAUUUGCCUUUGCCCCAACUACAUAUUUUCUCCCUUGCAUCAUGUGGCUCGCCAUCAAGAGGCCUAAAAAAUUUGGCAUAUCCUGGUUCAUCAACUGG